CGCCCGCCCCUCCCCGCGCUGCCGCCUCCCCGGUCCCAUCUGCCGGCCUCUGGUCCCCGUGUGCCGGCGGCAAUGCUGGCGCGUUGCGCCCCGGGCCCCUUGGGGUGCCCUCUGGGGGGCCCCUUGGGGUCCCCGCCCCUCCGCCGCGUACUGCCGCCCACCGCCCCCGACGUCCGCCGCCGGCUGCGGGAGUGCGCAGCGCGAAUCCCGGAGGCUGGAGCAGUACUCGACCUGUUGGGGAAAUGUCCUGAGCACCAGAAGAAGGGAAAAUUUCCCGUUGUAGUUUUUGAGGGGCUGGAUGCCACAGGAAAAACCACAGUAACCCAGUCUGUUAAGAACAUUCUGAAUGCCACACUGCUGAGAUCUCCACCAGCUUGCAUCAGCCAGUGGAGGACAAUAUUUGAUGAUGAACCAGCACCUGUUAAAAGAGCAUUUUAUGCUGCAGGCAACUACAUUCUUGCUUCAGAAAUAGCAGAAGCAUCCACUCAGGCACCUGUGAUCAUAGACAGAUACUGGCAUAGCACGGCUGCCUACACAAUUGCCACUGAAAUAAAUGGGAAUGUGCAGGAUCUUCCACCAGCUCAUGAUGAGGUGUACCAGUGGCCUGAGGAUCUGCUUAAACCUGAUCUUGUUCUUCUCCUGACUGUUGACCCCACGGAGCGAGUCCGGAGACUUCAGCAUCGAGGGCUGGAGAAAACAAAGGAGGAAGCUGAGCUGGAAGCUAACAGCUUGUUUCGCAAAAGAGUUGAAGAGUCAUACAGAAGGAUGGUGAAUCCUGCAUGCCAAGAGGUUGAUGCCACCCCCUCCAAGGAAAAGGUUCUUCAGACAGUGCUACAACUAAUUAAAAAACAUUGUGCUUUGUGAAAGCAACUUCUGAGUAAUAGAGGUUAAAAGAUAUUUUUUAGUGCACUUUUAUUGUCUCUCUUGUUUUGGUACCUGAAAAAACACUGUGAUGUGUUCAUCCCAAUGAGGAAUCUUCACUUUCUUCUGUCAAUAGUAGCCUGUGCAGGUUUUCUAUUUCACUGUUAUCUACUGUACUUUUCUGUAUAAGGCAAAAUACUACUCACAUGUUAUUCAGCAUCUUACCAAAGCCACAAACAUAUUAUGGUUAUGUAUGAAGUGCCCUUAGAGUGCUCUCUGACACUGUGAUAUUUCAAGACAGUAUCAUGUUGCAUCUUCAUCACCAGGAGAACCUGUUCCCACAUCUGCUGUGCACCAAAAUUCACUGGUUUGCAGCAGGAACUUUAGGUGCCCAAGGAGAGGCUGAAAUGUCAUCUGGAAGUAAAACAAUAAAAUUAUUGUAACAUUGAGGAACUGAGUAUUUAGUGGCCUGGUGUUAUUUACUGGAAUAGAGCAUAAGCAGCUGCUGUUCUUACGGGCAUCCUGCAAAAAAUGUGUCAUAAAUGAGGGCAAAUAAACAUCAAGGCCUCUAAGUAAUAAAGUCCAAGCCUCUGAACAUAAGCAACUGAAAGAUCAAUUAAUUCCAGGGGGAAACAGAAGCCUGAUAUUAAAAACAUUUGAUAAAUCACUGCUAAAAUAUUUUUAA